CGCUGCUUCAUUGCACAGCUGGGGAAGAAUCGGAGUGUGUGGACUGAAGGUAAACUGGGAGUGAUGGGAGCAACCUGGAUCUCAUGGAGAACAACUACAACUGUCAUCGUUACUGUAUUACAAAUCCAAGCUCUGAUCAGUGUCAAAACCAAAACUCUUACUGGUGUGGAAGGCCAGAGAUUUGACUUCAGGUGUGAAUAUGGCAACGGCCGGCAGAACAAUGCCAAAUACUUCUGCUAUGACAGUGAUGACAAUAUGUCUUUCACCCACCUGAUACGGACAGAAAAACAUGACCAGUGGGAGAGAAAUGGACGUUUCUCCCUGUACGACAACACCACCGGAGCCUUCUUCAUCGUCAGGGUGGACAAACUCACCUCACAGGACAGCGGGAUGUACAGAUGUGGAGUGGACAUAAGCCUUUACCCUGAUGAUAUCAGCUUCAUGCGACUGAACGUUUCCCAAGUAAACCCUCCAGAGGACCUAAUCACUUAUCAAAUAACUGGAUCACCCAACCUUCCAAAAGACCUCCCAGUGGACAAGCUUCACCUACCGCUGUUCAUGACUGCAGUGAUGUGUAUUUCAGCAAUGCUGUUUAUAUGCCUGUUUACGCUUUGUCUGCUGCUGGCUGUUAAACAACGAAGACCCAGCCCACGCACAAAUAGAGAGAUAUCAUCUGACUACGAGACAAUGAUGCCUGGUGUGGCAGCUGAACCUGGACUCCGCUGCAGCUGUUCGACUCUGGACUGCACCGAUCUUUCAGCCUUACCACCGCCACCACCUGACCUCUGCUCCCACUUCACACCAAAGCAGCGGGAGUCUAGCGUCACGCUCUGCCUUGGUGAAUAUGUUGAUGUGGAUGCACCAAAACACACCUGUCCGUACCAACAUCUGGAUCUCAGCCGAUUUGAGGAGCACGUCUAUUACAGCCUGCAUGGAAACAGCGAUCCUAAACAUGGACCCAUGGGAGUCAAAGAGCAGAUUAACUGUUAAAGCAUUAUUCCAGGUUAAUUAAUGACACGUUCCCAGAUCUCACCAGUUCUCAUCAAUGAUGAGAUAUGUUUUAUUAUUAGGAAGGUUGACCAAAACUGCAACAUUAAAAGUAUUUAAAAAAAAAACCAGAAUGAUUCUUUAAUGUGUAUGGAUGGUAGUGCGUUAAUUGUUGCUGUUUUUUGUUAUUUCUUGAAGAAACUUUUUGCGACGGCACAGACAAAAUUACAGAGUUAGCUAACAAAAUCAAUGAAGAAGAACUGACUGGCUGUUUUAUCCAGUGAUUCAAUGUCUCUCUCUGCUUUUUGAUAUAUUUCACCAAAAUAAACCAAGUGCUAAUAUCUAA